AUGGGGCGGGUCGUGGUCACCUUGAGCGACUUGGCGGAUGCCCUUCCUACCCCGGCGUCGAGGACGAGGCUGCUGCUGAUCCGGGGCUGGAUGCUCAUUCCGCUGCCGAGGAGAAUUUACACAGUUUCAGUUGAUGGCAAUCGCAAAAGGGUUGCUCGUGCUACCACGAAGAAUGACGACAAGGAACCUGCUCCCCCAGAAGAAAUCUUUGAGGCGCUCAGAGAGAUACCCAGGUUGGAGCGUGCUGAUUUACUGAGAGCGUACAGCACGUUCAUCCGCGAUGAUCGUCUGUUCAGAUCUCUCAUGGCGCUGCCUGAGGACAUGAGGAAGUACUGUCUCCUCAUGGAGGUCGGGAACCAGUGA